CAAAGAGUCUAACUAUGGCGGUCUGGAAGGACCACCCACAGAUGCUUCCGAAAGAAGCUCGGUUUGAACUGGAAUUUCCGGAAGGAAGCUGCGCUAGAACGCCAGUGACUGUGGAGGGACUGGAAUGUUGCGGGUCAAGAGCCCGUUUACUAAUUAUCUUGGGCUAUCUUUAGCCACCUGUAGCAGAGGUUUCUCCACUGGGCUCUAACCUACCUGCCUGAAGUGAAUGUAUUUGAAAAGUUAUCGUUAUUUAUGUUAUUUAUGUCCUUUGUUCUGUAUCUUAAAACUUUUGGAACAACAACAACAACAAAAAAAAAAUCAGUAAAAUGACAUUUUGCUGGAUGGUGGUGGCACACGCCUUUAAUCCCAGCACUCGGGAGGCAGAGGCAGGUGGAUCUCUGUGAGUUCGAGGCCAUCCUGGUCUACAAGAGCCAGUUCCGGGACAGGCUCCAAAGCUACACAGAGAAACCCCUGUCUUGAAAAAACAAAACAAAAAGAAAAAAAGAAAGAAAGAACAAACAAAACAAAAACAAAAUCGUUUGGAACAUGGCAUUUGGGUUAGCCUAAAUCUGAGUUCCAGGACCAUGGAUAGCUUCAGAAUAAACUCUUGGGUUUGAGGUGUCUCUGACCUUUGAAGAUGUAGCAGUGGCUUUCUCCCAGGAGGAGUGGGGGCAGCUGGACCCUGCUAAGAAGACUCUGUACCAAGAGGUGAUGCUGGAAAUCUCUGGGUUCCUGGUGUCUCUGGGUGACAGUGGAGAAACCAAGGCCAUAGGACCUACUGCUUCUAAACCACGGCUGUCUGAGGCGACCUCAUUCCAGGGACAGUCAGCACCAAGAACCCCAGGAGGCUUGCAGUGGGUGCCAACCAAAGGCCACGAUGAUGCAUUGGAAGUUCAGGAAAGGUCCUUCAUACAAGAGACAGAGGCCCAGGAGGAGAAGCUUCCUGGGGAAACGAGUCCUAUACCAGAUGAUGUAGGGACAGCUGAGGAAUUGUGUCCAACGCCCAUACAGGAGGAAGAGGAAAUGGCCUUCAAAUGCAGAGACUGUGGGAAGGCAUUUAGUAAGAAAAACCUUCUUGCUUCACAUGAGAAAAUCCACUCUGGAGUAAAGCCCUAUGAGUGUACAGAAUGUGGGAAGACCUUCAUAAAGAGCACCCAUCUCCUUCAGCACCAGAUGAUCCACACUGGGGAGAGGCCCUAUGAGUGUCUGGAAUGUGGGAAGGCCUUCAACCGUAAGUCCUACCUUUCCCAGCACCAACGGAUCCACAGUGGGGAGAAGCCGUAUACGUGUAGCGAGUGUGGGAAGGCCUUCACACACCGCUCUAAUUUUGUCUUGCACGGCAGGAGACACACUGGAGAGAAAUCGUUCGCGUGUACAGAAUGUGGACAAGUCUUUCGACACAGGGGCGGUUUCCUUAGGCACUGUGUCACUCAUGGUGGAGAGAACCCGUACGAGUGCUUUGAGUGUGGACAGGUCUUCAGACACAGAUCCUACCUCACGUGGCACCAGCAGACACACACUGGGAAGAAGCCAUAUGAGUGCAGUGAGUGUGGGAAAGUCUUCCUGGAGAGCGCAGCCCUGGUCCACCACUAUGUGAUCCACACCGGGGAGAAGCCCUUUGAGUGCCUCGAGUGUGGCAAGGCCUUCAACCACAGGUCCUUCCUCAAGAGGCACCAGCGCAUUCACACUGGGGAGAAGCCGUUCAUGUGCAGCGAGUGUGAGAAAGCCUUCACCCACUGCUCUACUUUCAUCUUGCAUAAAAGAGCCCACACUGGAGAGAAGCCCUUUGAGUGCAAAGAAUGUGGGAAAGCCUUUAGCAAUCGGAAAGACCUCAUUCGCCACUUCAGCAUCCACACUGGGGAGAGGCCCUAUGAGUGUACCGAGUGUGGGAAGGCCUUUGCCCUCAUGUCUGGUCUUACGAGGCACAAGCGGAUUCAUAGUGGGGAAAAGCCUUUUGAAUGUACUGAGUGUGGGAAGUCCUUCUACUGGAGCACAAACCUCAUUCGCCACGCCAUCAUCCACACUGGGGAGAAGCCAUAUAAGUGCAGUGACUGUGGGAAGGCGUUCAGCCGCAGCUCAUCCCUCACUCAGCAUCAAAAAAUGCACAGUGAGAGAAACCGUGCUGGUGUGCCACAUGAGGGACCUCUCACAACCAUGCACACCUGGGUUACCCUCCAAGAACCCCUUCUAGGCAAAGACUUCUUGAAUGUAACCUCUGAGGGAGAUCUUUUGUCACAAGAAACAAAUUCCUCAGCAUCUGAUUGUUUACACCAAAGAGAAACUCCACAAGUGUCUUGGUUAUAAAGAGGGAGUAAAAAGCUCCUGUCGCAGAAUCUCCAUCAUCCGAAGACCAACACCAGCAGCAGAGCCAGUCUGCAGCCGUACUUUCCACCUGCAGCUUCACCCAGGAGAGACCCGUGCUUUGGGGCUUUGGAAUUUUGUUUUGUUUUCACAUAGGAAAAGCUUCAGCCACAUCUCGCUCCUCGUUUACACUGCAGUGUUAGCUCAGGAAUUGGUUUACAGAGGAACAGAUGUAAACAAAAAUAAAAACAGGUCUCUUCAGACCUCCCUGCCGAAUCUCUGACACUUCAUUAUUGAUUCCUUAGCUUAUUUGGAGUUAGAUGGGUGUUUCAGAGGUACAAGGCCUUCCGCCCUUUUUGUGUCUUACGUAUUCAUUUGUUGCUGUUCAGUUACUACUGGAGUUAGCUGGGAACAAGCCUGUAAAUGUGUGUAUGUUUUUGUGUCCUAAGAUAAUUUCUUUAUUCUUAAGAUCUGUAGCUUUUAUGAGGGGGCAUUUGAGUCAUGAAAAUAUUUCCUAUUUAAGGGAAUGAGGAUCCAUAACUUUCCUAAGUAUGUCUGUACUUUUGAAAAUUCCAGUAGUUUUUUUUUCCUUUGCCAAGAUGUAUCUUACUGUGUGUGUUUGUGCAUGUGUGUAAGCUUAACUGCUUAGCCAUCUCUACCCCGUAAUCAUAUGAGUACACAGCAUUCUCAUAGCACACAGCUGAAAAUUUUGCCCUUUUUUGUGGGAUGCAAAUCAUAAAGCCUGUGUUUUCAGCUGACUCAGACAUUUCUCAGGGUGUUAAAACAAAAUGCUGUGGGGGUGGGGAACUCUUGUGAGAUAGCUCAGUGGUUCAGAGCAAUUCUAGAAGAUAAUGUCCCCUCUCCCAGCAAAGUUUGUCCUCAGGGCUAGGGACAUCAUUUAGGAGUUAAUUGUUACUUGUAUAGGGUUGGGAGUUGGGGUGGAAAUUGUGUCAGCCCAGAGAUCUCCUUGGAAAAAAAAAAAAAGAGGAAAAAUUGGAUGGGAUAAUAGGUAGAUUAGUAUGAACUUACACUAAUAAUACUGAGCAAUAGAGUGAACACUUGUAAACUAUUAUUUAUGGACAAUUUACAUUCGUAUAGAUUUAUAUUUAUAUUGAUACAAGUUCAAAUUAUAUUUGUGCUCCUAUUUCUGCUUACAAUAUUUGUACACCUAUGCAAAGAUAUUUUGUAUAUUGAUAUAAUUUUAUGAAUAUUUAUCAUAUUGCAUUAUAUAUUUCUACCUCUGAUCAAGAUACUUAAUACAUUUUGAGGUCAUUGUACUGCACAGUUGUUUAAAGAUUGUUUAAUAUUCUGACUUAGUCUUCAAUUAUACAGGUAUUAAGUAUUAUAGAUCAAUAAGUCAUUCAUGUUUGUCAUACUUAUAGUCAGACUACUUAGGUUCUUCAGAUACAUAGAGAUUGUAUUCUGCAUAGAUAGGUAAUUUUCAACUACUUCAAAGAGCUGUAGAAUAUGACAUUUAAAUAACUUAGGGUUCUGUUGACGUGAGACAUGAUUGCUCCUGGCAGCACCAAUCUAUUCCUGAGAGAAUGUUGAGCACCAAAGACACUCCACUUGGAGUUUGUUUUCUUCUUGGCACAACUGGCCUUUGGGCAAGGAGCUGCCCAUGCCUUGACCACUGACAAAGUGUACAGUGUCUGAACAGGGCAAGCAGGAUACAACAAAAAAGACUGCCAAACCUUGCCAAGACAGGGUAAGAGGGUUCUGAAAAUUUUCCUGCCUCUGAAAAUGGUCUGUCAGUUACUCUAGGCCUUAGCCAAAGUUGGUUGCUUCCACACUGCAAAAUGACUUUAGGUGAUUGCCCAGGUAGCCAGCUGUCUCUGUCAUCUAGUGCACAUUUUGGAAGUUGCUUAAUUGCACUUCCUACCUACUCAAGUAAUAUUAUCUCCCUUCUCUCACCUUCGAUGGUGUUGAAGAUGAGAUAGUCAUAGUUACCUUCCUCUUACGAUAUAGCCAAGCCAUUUCUCUUUUUUGUUUUGUUUUUUGUUUGUUUGUUUUUUGUUUUUCGAGACAAGGUUUCUCUGUGUUGCUUUGGAGCCUGUCCUAGAACUAGCUCUUGUAGACCAGGAUGGUCUCAAACUCACAAAGAUUUGCCUGCCUCUGCCUCCCAAAUGCUGGGAUUAAAGGCAUGUGCCACCACCACCCGGCUAGCCAAACCAUUUCUAAUACAAGACUUAGACUCCUUAGGAUAGAAUGAUUAUUAAAACAGUUAGCAUAUGCUCCUUGCUUAAUAUUGUUUAUGCUGGUUUUAAUUCUAAUUUUAUACUUGAUAUCUGUUCUUAGUGUAUAUAGUUUUGUUUUGGGUUUUGAACUCUGUUGUUUAGACAGAAGGGGGAGGUGAUGGGGAACCUCCUUCAAAUGGCCUUUAAGAGGCUGGACCAGGUUGGGACAUGACUUUUGGGAUCCAAAAAGCUGCUGUCCUGCCCUGCUCACU